UAACAAUAUUGCUGGAACUGUCAGCCAUAGUGCAAAAAAGCACUAUAUAAGUCACUGAUGCCUUAAAACUGUCUCACCAUACUGUUCGGAUUCUCCCCAACAAGAAACACUAUGUGCUGCAAUGCAAAAUGCUGGUUAAUUGCGGGAUCUAUUAUUGGUGGACUGCUGGCUAUUCUCGGAGGAGUCCUUAUACCUGUGGGGGAUAUAAUUAUUAAUGGUGAAAUAGAUAAGGAAGCGGUUAUUGAAGAAGGAACUAUUGCUUAUGAGAACUGGAUUGUGCCGGGAAGCCCUGUCUAUAGGGAAUUUUGGAUUUUUAAUGUAUCAAAUCCAGACGAAGUCAUAAAUGGAUCACAGCCAAUAUUAGAGCAACAUGGGCCUUACACAUAUUUAGUCCGACACCUACCUAAAUCUAAUGUGACACAGAACAAUAAUAACACUGUGACUUUUUAUCAACCUAAUAAUGCCAUCUUUCAGCCAAAAAGAUCUAUUGGAUCUGAAGAUGAUGUGUAUACAGUUCUAAAUAUUGCCGUCGCUGCUGCACCUGCUAUGUUUCCAACUCUACAAGGAUUAUUAAAUAGUUUUAUAAAGAACUCUAAUUCAUCAUUGUUCCAACGUAGAAGUGUUAAAGAACUGCUGUGGGGCUACAGUGAUCCGUUUCUAAUGGCAAUACCAAAUUUUAUUAUCUCAGACAAAACAACGGGAGUGUUCUAUCCGUACAAUGGAACAGCAGAUGGGCCUUUCACCAUUUUUAAUGGAAAGGAUGACAUCAAGAAAGUUUCUUUAAUUAACAGAUACAAAGGAGAAAUCUCACUUUCUUACUGGAGUGAUAACUACUGUGACAAGUUAAAUGGUACAGAUGCAGCUUCAUUUCCUCCAUACAUUGAUAAAAACCUUCCUUUAUAUUUCUUUUCCUCUGAAAUCUGCAGAUCUAUAUAUGGAACAUAUGAAAAAGAAUAUGUGCUGGAGGGAAUUAAACUGUAUCGAUUUGUAGUGCCUAGCAUGGCACUCGCCUCCCCAACCAUAAAUCCAGACAACUAUUGCUACUGCCUUGACUGGGUGCUCUCCAGAAAUUGCACCGCUGCUGGUUUGUUGGACCUCCGAAACUGCCAGGGUGGAAAGCCCAUUUUUCUCUCACUUCCCCAUUUCUUAUAUGCAAGUGACUUUCUCUUGGACUCCGUGAGUGGCCUGAAUCCCAAUGCAGUGGAACAUGAGACUUAUGUAGAUGUGGAGCCUCUAACUGGAUUCACUAUGCAUUUUGCCAAAAGAUUACAGGUCAAUGUAAUGUUCCAGCCAACAGACAAAAUAGAAAUACUUUCUAAUCUACGAUCUGAAUUUAUGUUUCCUGUUGUGUGGUUAAAUGAGUCUGCCAUUAUUGGUGAAGAGUCUGCGAAUACAUUUAAAUCAAGCGUAACUACUCCAAUGAAAGUGCUGGAGGUCAUACAGAUUUUAUUUCUUUGUCUUGGAUGUGUCAUAUUCCUUGCAUGUUCCAUAACACUGUGUGUUAGACGUGGCAAAGAGAGGAAAUCUUAAAUGACUGCGCGUAUGGAUACCUAACUCUACUAGUGUAAAUAGACUUGUAACAUUCUUACUGCUAUUUCAAGCAGUUUAAAAAUACAUGACAACAUAAUACCACUGUAACACUAAUAACAUUACUCUCAAAACACUAUAAUGAGAGAGUAUUACAAUGAAAUUCGAUGACAAUACCCAGGAAAUGAUUUUUAUCUAAAAUGGCUAAAACAAAAUAUACUGUUUUGGAAACAUUGGCCCAUAUGUAAUAAGAUGAUAUAUACUGGUACUGGUGUGAUUUCAGCAAGAACAUUGGCCCAUAUGUAAUAAGAUGAUAUAUACUGGUACUGGUGUGAUUUCAGCAAGAACAUUGGCCCAUAUGUAAAUAAGAUGAUAUAUACUGGUACUGGUGUGAUUUCAGCAAGAACAUUGGCCCAUAUGUAAUAAGAUGAUAUAUGCUGGUACUGGUGUGCUUUCAGCGAGAACAUUGUCCCAUAUGUAAUAAGCUGAUAUAUGCUGGUACUGUGUGCUUUCAACGAGAACAUUGGCCCAUAUGUAAUAAGAUGAUAUAUACUGGUACUGGUGUGAUUUCAGCAAGAACAUUGGCCCAUAUGUAAUAAGAUGAUAUAUACUGGUACUGGUGUGAUUUCAGCAAGAACAUUGGCCCAUAUGUAAAAAGAUGAUAUAUGCUGGUACUGGUGUGCUUUCAGCGAGAACAUUGUCCCAUAUGUAAUAAGCUGAUAUAUGCUGGUACUGUGUGCUUUCAGCGAGAACAUUGGCCCAUAUGUAAUAAGCUGAUAUUUGCUGGUACUGGUGGGAUUUCAGGGAGAACAUUGGCCCAUAUGUAAUAAGCUGAUAUAUGUUGGUCCUGGUGUGAUUUCAGGGAGAACAUUGGCCCAUAUGUAAUAAGAUGAUAUAUGCUGGUACUGGUGUGAGAUAACCGCUAUCUUUAAAGCAGCAAUUAGUUGCAAGGCAAAAAUAAUCUGGCUGUGUUUAAAGAAAAUUAUUGGAUGUCUGUGCUAAAUGUGAUGUCCUAUGCCUUAACUAAUACAGAGACUGAAACAUUAAAAAUAUAUAAGAUAAAUUAAAGAAAGAGCUAGAAGUAUGUAAUCAAUCAUUAUAAUCCCAAUAAAUAAGCAUAUAAUACAAUAUUCAAUCACAUGAAUCUUAUUGUAAGGUAUGCAUAAUGCAUACCAAAAAGAGUACUGUCUGUUGUAACUGAAUGCUACCUGAUUGUUACCACAUGGAACCUGUAAAGUCAGCAUUAAUGGUAACCCAAAUGGUCAGAUCAACAUCAAAAGUUGUCACUCAUGUUUGACCAGCCUAAUGUUGUUCAUACAGAUAUAUCCACCGUUAUCUUGAGUAGUUUUCUGCGCCUAGUCACAACAUGAUUUAUAUUAGCAUAAACCCUUCAGCUAUUGUUCUCAACUGCAAUAUAAUACAGAGAACAAUACAGCAGGGGAUUAAGUCAUUACAGCAGGGGAUUAAGUCUGACUGGCCAGACACAGUUAAUCCUAUUAACCGUCAAGAUAAAUGUGGAUACAUCUGUACUAACUGCAUUUUUUAUGUCAAUUUACACCUGUGCCCACAGUCUAUGUGGAAACUAAUAGGCUACUGGUUCCAAAAAAGCUUGUUGUGAACCUUCAUUCCUGAGAAUGCCACCUUGCCAAAUACAGUAUGCAGUAAUCAUCUGUUCAUGCUCGUUGUACCUUAGAGGUCAGACCAAUCUGCCCAAGUGCCAUACAGUUGGAUCUAUCUGACACACAAACCUGUGUAGCCGAAUUAAAUAUACUGUAGAUCUGGCUGCUCAACACUUGCAUCAUGUGGCCAGAUCUGCCCAUAUAAUAUUAGUAACUGAAAGUGCAAUUGAUAUUACCUCAUAUCAGCAAAUUGUCCAGUAAUUUAACAGAACAUUGAUAUUUUUAAAGGUAAUAUCAGUUGUGUGCAGCUUCUAUUAUCUCCACCACUCACCAUGGCUAUUGACGAAUGGAGUUAUUUGUCCUUUUCAAAAAAAUUGUCAUAUAUGCAAUAUAAAUUGUUGAUAUACAGUAUAGCAACUACAAUAUUUUUGUAUUAAAAAAAUAACAAUGUACAGUAUUUACAUCAAUGUUCUGUUAUGUUUGACUGACUUUUUGCACUAUACAUAUGAUGCAAAAUA